AUGCUCAACAUAAAUCGCCAGUUUGGGAAGUUUAUGAAACGUUCGGCGGACGAGAGCCAGGUCUCGGUUCUGCUUAAAGAUUUCGACGACGCCGAUAAACUGCUGCAGAAGAUCAUUGAAUCGAGUAAGGCAUGGCGCGACGCAUGGUCAGCCAUCUUCACAUACCAGGCUCGGCUUGUCCUAGAAUUCGAGCAGCUAUAUAAUCCCAUCAUUGGCGCAUCGGAGCCAUCGGCGGAUCAUACUCCUGCGGAGGUCCCUGAACACACACUACAUCGAGUAGUUCGAUUGAGAGAAGAAUAUGACUCGCUAAAGGCAGACCUGGUCGCGGAACUGGAUUUCGAAAGAUACCAAAGCCGAGUGGAUUCUGGAAGAAAGAAGACGAAACGCUCUGAUAGGGAUAAUGCUGCAUUGUCAAAAGCUGAGAUGGAUUUAACCAAGGCUACAGAUGAUUAUAAUGCAGCAGACGAUCACCUUCGAUCCAUUCUCCCAGGGCUGAUAACGGCAACGUUCUCUAUCCUCCCACAUCUCCUAGGCGCACAGAUCGAGAUUCAGAACACCUUGCUUGCCCUUUACUACACUACACUCCACACCUACUGUGAAGAGCAGCAGCUCCCCUCGCCUCCACCGCCAAUGGAGGAUAUUAUUAGGACAUUUGACGAGAACUUUAUCAAUGUACAGCGUGAAAUAGAGACAUUCAACUGUGUUGCCGGCGGCAAGACUGCCCGCCAACCUCGAACAUCUGGCGACCACAAGAACGGUAACCACACACUGUCAAAUGGUCGUGCAGUUAUCGGUGCUGGCAGCAGCUCGCGCAAACCAUCUACUUCUCCGAAAUCCAUUUCUCGCCUACCGUCUACUCCGUCAUUAGAUGCCAAACCUCGAAUCAAUCGAUAUGCAUCUUCAUCACAGCUUGAUGCUCCAGCUCCAGAUCAGCACCACUCUCCAGCUUCAACGCAUCACUCUCCCGCCUCAACACACGAGUUCCUUAAUAAUACUCUCCACCAUGUUGCUUCAGCUCCCACUGCUCCCCAUAAUUCUCCCCACUUUAUUCCUCCCAUACCCACCGCGACGAAACCAGCCCAGGCCACAGCCACCUCGGCCAUGGCUGGAGUAGCCUCGCUUGCAGCCGCAGCUGCUGCAAAGAAAAAACCUCCCCCUCCGCCACCACCACGCACACCAUCCGCCAGCCAGAUCCAAUUCGUUACUGCACUCUAUGACUUUGGUGGGCAGGGGGCGGGUGACCUUGUAUUCAAGGAAGGGGAUCGUAUCCGCGUCAUCAAGAAGACUGACAGUACCGAUGACUGGUGGCAGGGAGAAUUGCGCGGCGUCAGGGGUAGUUUCCCAGCCAAUUAUUGCUCAUGA